UUAUCUGUUGCUAGAGUUCCAAGGGGCAGAUUUUGCUCCACAAGCAGCAGGGAAACUGUGAUUAUCAGGAUGUACAGCUCUCUCGUUGUGGUACUCUGCCUUCAAUUGUAUGUUUCACUGUGUGACCAAGGCAGUUUCUGUCCUGACUUCACUGCCACAUUCGUUGGAGUGAUAGACCAGACUUCUGAUGAGCCUACAGUUAUCACAGAUGAUCCUAGUCUGACAUUUUUCAAGGAGAUCAUGGGGUUCAGGGACGAAGACAUUCAGCAUGCUUUUGAAGACGCA